CGAACCAUGACUGCUCGUCUGACAGCUGAAGCCCGUCCCACUGCAUCCCAUCCCUUUGGCUUAGGGUGUAAUUGUUUUCAUGCUUGAAAAUUCUCGAAUGUUAACGAAUGUUCAGUUUUUUGGUCCACACAACCUCCAUCUUUAGAUUCGCGUUUCCUUUUUAAUUUCUUGGAAACUCGCGUCGAACUAGAAUGUUUGGAAUUAUAAAGCCUGUUUUCCUGGCAACUCCAAAUCGAUGCGGGUCUUGAUCGUCUUUAUCUGUGACGCGUAGCGGCCUGACUUCCCGCAAUCUCCCUCUCUCUCUCUCUCGCUCGCUCGCGGUUUCUCUUCUGCCGCGGAUCGCCCACGCCCGCCGAUAGUCGAUCAAUUAAUUAUCGUUGCUUCUUUACGGAGUCCUCAGCAUUCAAUUUGCAUAUUGGUUGCGCAUCCAGGGCGUUAGGAGUGUAGUAGAAGACAAGGCAGGAUGAGUCAGGUAUUUGAAGGUUACGAGCGCCAAUACUGUGAACUAUCUGCAAAUCUCACUAAGAAGUGCACGUCUGCUGGUCUACUUGAUGGAGAGAAAAAGAAGCAAAAAAUUUCUGAGAUAAAAACUGGUCUUGAUGAAGCAGACGGCUUGAUCCGCAAGAUGGACCUUGAGGCUAGAAGUUUACAGCCAAGCGUGAAGGCCAUGCUACUUCAGAAGUUGAGGGAAUAUAAAUCUGAUUUAAACAACCUGAAAGGUGAAAUGAAAAAGAUCACAUCAGCUAAUGCUCAGGCUGCAAGAGAUGAACUUCUAGAGUCGGGCAUGGCAGAUGCCUUAACGGUGUCAGCUGAUCAAAGAAGUAGAUUGCUUCAGUCAACAGAGAGACUAAACCAAUCAAGUGAACGCAUCAGAGAAGGCAGAAGGACGAUGCUAGAGACUGAGGAGCUUGGUGUUUCAAUUCUCCAAGACCUUCACCAACAACGCCAGUCAUUGUUACAUGCUCAUGGCACGCUUCACGGUGUCGAUGACAACAUUGGUAAAAGCAGAAAAAUUUUGACUGCCAUGUCAAGAAGAAUGGACAGGAACAAAUGGAUUAUUGGCACCGUAAUUGCAGUUCUGGUUGUCGUGAUUAUUUUGAUUCUGUAUUUUAAGCUUACCCAUUAAUGAAAACUACGGCAUAGCAUCUCAAUGCUUUUGAUAUUUUUCAGCUGCUAUGAGAUUUCCUAGUAUGUCUCUGAUUUCCUGUAAGCAUCAGCUUGUCCUCGUGCCCUGCAAUCAUGUCUUAUUUCUAGUAUGCUAGGGUUUGGUGUUGUGGCCUGGCUUUCUCAUGAGCAAUAAAGGCAAAAUUUGCAUGUUAUUAUUAUUAUUAUUUUUCUGUA